AUGGAAUCUGCGACCACCCGAACGCAGACAGAGAAGCAAAAGAAGGAACUCCUUCUGAAGCAGAUUGCAAUAUUGCAGGGCGAACUUUCCAAAUUCCCCGACGCCCCCCCUCAAGAAGCGCCAUCUUCACCAAAGCGCAAAUCACCGGAGCCCACACUACUCGCACCGCCUACGCCCUCACCCAAGAAAAAGAGAAAAGUCGACCCGGCACCACACGCACCUUCGACAUCGUAUCACCGUAAAGCCGUGGUUAGCAAACCGGUGCUCCAAGUGACGCCGCAAGUACCUCAGCCUGGCCCAUCGACAUUCUUGAACCGGUUGAAGAACAUUUCUACGAAAGAGGAAUCUGAAGUAGCAGUGGUUACCCGAUCCUCUGCAUUCGCCGAAAGAGCAGAACCUCCAAAGCGAGACGACGAUCUCGCCCUCAUCGAGGACUUUGAAGUUGGGCCGUACAACCACAAGGCGCCUUUUGAUGACCCACAUUUUGAGUCUUUGGAGCCUCAUUCUGGGAUACGUUUAUCCUCGAGGAUUAUUCCAUACGAAGACUUCCAAGACUACCUUCGGGGGCGUGUCUACAUCUCCCCAUCUCGACUCUACAGCUGUGUCCGCCUACUUCCCGAUAGGCAAGCAUAUGAUGUUCCUGUGCCCGGCGACUGGGUCACUGUCGCCGUUGUUGCGGAACGUGGUACGAUCAAGUUCUCCAAAGCUCCUGUAGGGGUCAAUGAUGAAGAGGGUGAUUCUGCGGGAAAGGGCAAGAGGGCGAAGGAACCUCCACCGAAGCCAAAAGGCAAGAGAUACGUCAAUCUCAAACUUGUCGACUUUGGCGCAAGAUCGCGCCCGAAUGCUGGGUCGACGACCGCAGCCAUACGCGGAGAUGCAUUUCUAUCUCUACUACUAUUCGAGGCAGACAAAUUCGACCUGGUCUCUCGUGAGGAGGGGGAUGGAGCGCUGACGGGGAAGAUGGAGAAAGUGUAUAGAGGAGGGAGCGGAGGUGCAUUCGAGGCGUUGUCGAAAGUGAAGGAAGGAGACGUUGUCGCGCUUCUUAAUCCUAGGAUUCUCAAACCAUUCCAAAGAAGUGAGGAUACCCCACACCCAGUAAAUAAUAUCCUAGCUGUUACACCCUCAUCAGCCGGCACGAUCCUUGUGCUUGGACGCUCGAAGGACUUGGGCAUGUGCAUGGUAGUAAAGAGGGACGGCAAAGUCUGUGGGUCCUGGUGCGACAAGCGGGUGAGUGAUGCCUGUGAGUUUCACGUCCAGACAGCCGUGGAGAGGCGAAGGGCCAGUAGACCAGAAUUCAGCGCAGGAACAUCUGGGAUGUCAGUGUCAGCAGUUUCCAAGCGAAAGCCUGCAUACGACCCCGCUCGACAAUGGGGUCUUGCACCCGUUGCUAGUUCUUCAAGUUCGGUGACGACCUUUUCGGCCCCAACAUAUGUUGUUUCUGGGCACGUCGUAUCCUCCAAUUCAGACAAUAUAGGACGCGAAGGUCAAGCAAAAGCUCAAAGGAAGCUGCUAGCCCACGAAGCAGAUCAGACUCUCAAGAAAUUACUGCGAAAUGAUAAGGAAGGGAUGAAGGCGGUUCUUGUUGCUCGGAAAGCCGGGCUAGAAGUGCGGAAGCGAGCUACGAGCGAUAUUAAGGGUGCACAAUGCAAACGCAAUGGAAAGCGGAAAGCGAAGGAGAUCGCACCCAAGAGCGGCGAGGAUGAUAGUGGCAGCGAUGAAGAAAUGGAGGAAGAUGUAGAGACAAACCAUAUCGCGAAGAAGCCCGCGUACUCGGCCGAAGUAAUCAAGAAGCUUGGUUUCGAUCCACUUGCGAAAUUCACCCGACAGAAGCAAAGCGAAACUGUCAAUACUAAACUGGAAGCACUAGCGAGCCUCCAGAAUAAUCGACAAUCAAAAAGCAUCGAGCUUGGUCCUCGACCUGGGCCCAAACAUCGGAGCAGUGUCAAAGUACCGAAGGGACAACCAACCAAUUCUCCGUCCGCGCCUGACCUUGUGAAAUCGGACGCAAAUGCAACAAAGCCGGCCGAGAGCGGUAUGAUUGAUCUAGAUGACUUUUGA